AUGUCAUGGCUGCUUGGCAUCUCUGGGAAAACAGAGACAGUCUGCCCAGAAUUUCAAGGCUUGGAAAAUUAUUAUAACAAUGAUCAAUUCAGCUACCCCUGCUACUCGGCAUGCCCUCCACUCCAGGGCAAAAGCUAUGACAGCUUGGGUGACAGUCAGGUAGAGGACCUGGAAGAAGCCAUCCCAUUUUCCCUAAAUCCCAGGCACUCUUACAUAGUGAAAGAUGAAGGAAUGAAAAAUAGAAUCUAUGCCAAGAGGUUGGCCAAGCACGCACUGGAGCUUGAGAAGGGAGCUCAGGAGUUUCAGGACCCAUUUUACAAAACCACAAAAAUGCCUGGCGGCUUGUCCAGAGAUGGGGACCACAGCUGGACCGAUCACCUGCCUGUGCACCGCACGUCGCGUGUUCUCCGAACUGCCGGAAUGGCACCGUGUGGCUCCUAUGACUCUUCCCGUGGUAAUGUGGGCGAGAACUGGGGGGUGGAUGCCUUCGCCCCAUGGGGCCACGCCAGUGACCCUUAUCUGGGGUACCCAGAGCACACCAGGGGAGCGGAGCCCCCCCUGCUACACGAUGAGGCCAUCGGGGACAGGCAGUUACCAGCCCUGCAGGGGACAGACAACGUGCUCAAGGAGGAGAACGUCAUGCUCAGGAGGGUGGUCAGGAGCAUGCAGAGGUCCUUGGAGAGCCAGGCGUGCACAGUGCAGAGGCUGGAGAGGCAGCUGAAGGCCAGCCGCACCAAAGAGGAGAGGAAAGCCCGAGAGUUACAGUCCUUUGUGCAGCAGACUGAGUGGGGUCUCCAGCUAAUGACCCAGCGGGCUCUGGAGGCAGAACGCAGCGUGGAGAAGCUGAAGCAGGAGGUCUUUAUUCUCCAGGGAAAGCUGGAGAGCUUCAAGGUGGAGAAUGAGAACCUGAGAGCGGGCCAAGCAACCGACCUGGGGGCAGUGAAGCACAACAUAGACUUCGCUUUGCAGAACCUCCACAAGAUAGUAACGGGCACAAACCGGUCCAUCAGACAGCUCACCUCUGGGGCGAAGUCACUGCAUCUUGUUGCUGAGAUCCUUAAAUCUACCGGCAAAAUUUCUGAAAUCGAAGCAGAAAAAGAGCAAUGA